GACUAGAAAUCCAUUGGGGUCUCCCCGCGCAGGUUCGAAUCCUGCCGACUACGAGCGUUCUCUUUUAACCCUGCCAACUUUUAAUUGGUUGGGCGAAACAGCGGGCAGAAAGCAGGGCACGGAGUCAAAAACGGGACUCUGCAGCCAAUAGUUUGGAAAAGAAAGACGGAAGGGAUUGUGUCAUUUCUUCCGGGAUCUCCUCCCCAGGCUUGCACCAGAAGCAACUGCAAGGCAGAGCAGGCGAAAUCGUACGUGUUGCCUGGCAGGCCAGGAGCCACGGAGAAGAGGACACCAUGCAACAGGGCCCAGGGCCUGCCGUGUUCGUCACCACGAGCACUAACCAUGUUGGCAUGAAAGAGGCUUAGUUGUGAAAUAUAUGUACUGAAUUACAAAACAUGCAGAUGUUGUGGAAGACAGAGCUUCACAGUCCAAAUGACAGCAUCCAUAGAGGGAGCAGGAGAUUUUAUGCAUCACAAGAUAUGUGUAUAAUGGCCAUACAGGAAUAGAUCUAUCAGUCCCAGAGUACCAAGAAAUACGAGGAAAGAUGAUGUCUGGACAUGUGGAAUAUAGUAUUUUAGUAGUUACCCACCUGGCUGCGUUCAAAUCUGCCAAGCACAAACCCGAAGACAACGUUCAGUUUAUGGUUUCUAAGAAGUACAGUGAUAUUGAUGAGUUUUAUCAAAAACUUGUCACGCGUUAUCCAGAAACCUCCCUGCCACCCUUGCCAAGAAAAGUGCUGUUUGUUGGAGAAUCUGAUAUUCGAGAAAGAAGAGCAGCCUUCAAUGAGAUUAUGAGAUCGAUUUCUAAAGAUGUGGCUCUAGCCACAAGCCCUGAGUUACUGGAAUUUCUAGGAACCAGAUCCACUAGUAUCACUGAUGUCAAGAGUAAAAACCUUCCCAAGAAGGAAGAAGAGGAAGAAACCGAAGGCUUUGAUUUUUUCAAAGAGGAAAAGAUACCUGAUGUCAUUUCUCAGUUCAGUUCAUUUAAAGACCAAGAUGCUAAAAAGGAAAAAGAAGAGGAGAAUGAUGUCGAUCCACUUGGUGUCCUCAAAUCCAAGAAGAUCAAGAAGCCCACGUCCUCUUCUGCUAAAGAAGAUAAAACCAUGUUAAUGAUGUUUCAUGGAGAAUUGGAUCCGGGUGAAGAACUGUUUGGCAUGGCUGAAGAUUUUUCAUCCCCUGGCAACAAGAAGAUAUUGGCAGUCAAAGAAGACGUGAAAUUAUUUGAAGGUCCGGAUCUUGGUGGAGUGGUAACUCUUGGAGACCCACUGCUGUUGCUGACAGCCAGCGAAGACAGAGAACCUGUGUUAAAGGCUAGCCCUGCUGAGGACAUGGAGGAACUACUGAGAAUGGAAGAUGAUUUUGAAAAAAUGUUGCAGGUGAGCCGUAAACCCAAGCCUAAACCCAAGCCCAAUGUAGCAUCUAAGCCAGUAAUACCUAGGAAGCCAGUGAUACCUAAGAAAAAGCUCCCAUCUUCCCCAGCCCAAACAGGACAGCCAGCGGGAGAGAAGAUCCAAAUCAUGGAUGAGAUGGACAUUCUCAAAUACAUCAAGGAAAACGAAUCCCUUAGCAGUGAAGAACCAAGCCUCUUCUGAAACACUGCUACUGGUGGACUUUCCUCAGGAAGAAUUUCCAUCAGCCAUCUGCAACUUGGAUGUCCAGAGUCUUGGCUCCUGUCCUCAGUUGCCUUUUUGGUGGUCCUUUGGCUGCAGUUUUUUUAAAACAAUGGAACUUGAUAUUUGAGUUAGUAUUCUGCAAAAAGUUAUGAAGUUUUUGCCACAGAGCAACAAUGAUUUAAUUAACAAUGCCUUCUUUUUAAAAAUGUAAAAGAUUGUGGCCAGAACUAAGUUGAUAAAAAGAAAGUUGCUAGCAUUGAGCAAAUGGAUUAUUUGGCUGAAAAGUAUCAGAGGUCAAAAUUAAUAAAAGGAACUAACAUGGUUGGGUUAAAUAUUGACAAAGAGUUGGAAUUGUUGUUGUUGUUGAAUGGAAGUUGUUUAUUUCCAGACAGUUUCCAAACUUGUUGGAAAAUAUUACUGAAUGUCAAGGAACACACAUAAAAGCAUUUUUCAGAAUCAUAUUUCUCUUCUAAGAGUUAUAAUGCAAUGAGUCUAGAUCCUUGGGAGCCUGCCUAAGUGCUUCUCUAUGAAUGCCCUAUUUGUCUCUCAAUUUUCUGAUCAGAUGAUAGUUUUUUGUGAUAGACUGGAGCCACCUUGAAAUAUCUGCAGACUGGGGAACAAGACAGGGGAAGAGUCUGCAAGAGAUUCCUGAAUAAUGAUGUGAAUGAUGGCUACUUUUAAUAUCUUUAUAAUUUGGAGAAGGUCCCAUCUUCAGUGUCAAGAAGCGUGCUUCUUUUUGAUGUUAAAGACUCACAUCUCUUGUUACUGUUCAGCAGGAUGAAACUGUUAUCAUUUGAUAGGUACUAAGCCCCUGAUGCUUGUGGCAGGAUUAGGAAAAUGAACAGCAACACUGCAUUUUUGAUAGUUGAAUUAUACAUUAGUUAGUUAAUUAGUUGAUAGUGUUCUCUAUUUAUAUGAACUUAUUCUGUGUUUUUCUCAGUCCUUUCACUCAGAUGAUGGAGCCCCACAAAGUUAUUAAGCCAUAUUAAAUAUUUGAAAACUUACUUGGAUUGCUUUUUGAAUAUAGAACUGAGUGAAUGCAAAAAAACAUUUAAAGCACUUUAAAAUAUUUACAUUUUUAAUGCAUGGUGUUCCAUUUAUAAUUAUAUGAUGCUUUACAUUCUAUUUUAAAUAAAAUGAAAUUAUUAAGCACUACUAAUAUUAAACAUUUCAUUUGAGAAAGAAGUAAAGAUGACUGGAACAAGAUAUAUGAUGAUGCAAUAAAAUAAAGGGAAGUCAGCUGUGCAGGAUGGGUACCAUUUGUUAUCUUUUCUCAUCUGGAAUUGGAAUGGACAACUCUCUUCUGUUGAAGGUCAUUGUUCUGAGUGGGCAGUGUCUUGGUGAUGAAUUUAAGAGGUAAGAAAUGCACACAAAAGGGUGGCCCUACCCAUUUUCCUUCUUUUCGCCAUCCCUUUUUCUUUCUCAAACAUCCCUUUCUUCCAUGCCAGUGGUAGCGAACUCUUCUCCAAGGUCUACGUGCAUCACUUUUCAAGUGCUUUAGACGUUAGUCCUAGGAGGGCUGUAUAACAUCAAACUUAUUCUAAACAGAAUGUUAUCUUUAAAACAAUCCUUAAUUUAGGAAUGUUAUAUUACAGGCAGUACAGUAUCAGAUAUUGGGUAUCAUGAGCACAUUGCUGUAGUUUUCUAAAUAUAAAUGGUAAGUGCUGAGAAACGUCUUGACUGCAGUUGAGUUGUGCUUAUGGCCGGUUGGUGGAGCAACCUGCAAGAUGAGAAAGAAGGCAGAUGGAUAUAGACAGGAUAGGGCCCUGACCUUCCCAGAGAGAUUAAGAGAUCCUGUGGGUUUGGCUGUGCCAAAAUGAGGCUCACCCGCUUCUCUGGCCCUAUGCUACUGCCUGCUCUCCUGUCAGGUGAGGAGAGUCAAAAUUGAACCAAGUCACAGAUAAAUGAUCAAAUAAAAAUAGCAAAGGAGUCACAGGUAGAAACGGUUGAUCACACAAGCAUAGCAGAUGUAUGCAUUAGUGGCAACAUCAUGUAAUUGGGGUUUGAUCUGCUGUGAUAAUCUUGCAAAUAUUUGAUAUCCUGGAGAAUCUUUAAAAUCCUGUUUUCCUAUUGUAACAGGGUAUCUGCUUUGUACUUUUUAUGUCAUUAAUACUAAAAUGCCACAUAGAAUUCCACAGAUUCUCUCUGUAGUUUAUUUUUGUGACUUGACAAUAACCAUGCAAUUGUUCUUUUAACUUUUCCUGUUUUUCACCGUAAUUUCUAUUAAUGGCUUGUAAUUUUAAAAUAAUUAUUUACAUUCAGGGCGCAACAUACAGUGUAAUGCCCUAAAGAUUUCAUUGGAAACACAUUUUACAUAAUAAUGUAUAUUUAUGUGCUGUAUUUUGCCUUUGAGAGAUGAGAUGGAUUAAAUACACAAUAAAACUGUUGAACUGAA